AUGGCUCCUCUCAAAGUUGGCGACAAGUUCCCUUCCGACGUGAAGUUCGAAUGGGCUCCGAUAACCGAUCCUGAUCCAACUGCCUGCGGUGUUCCACAGGCGUACGAUGCGUCAAAGGAGUUUGCCGGCAAACGUGUUGUGAUUGUCUCGGUUCCAGGUGCUUUUACACCAGGUUGUCAGGCUCGUCACAUUCCUCCUUAUAUUCAGCAGAUCGAUGAGCUUGUCUCGAAGGGCGUCGAUCUUGUCGUUGUGAUCGCAAGCAAUGAUUGUUGGGUCAUGGCAGCAUGGGCCAAGGUAAACGGCGUCGGGCCCGAUAGCAAGAUCCUUUUCAUGAGCGAUACCAAGAGCUUCUUCAGCAAAAACCAUGGCUGGGACGCUGGAAUGGGGGAUCGCAAUGGUCGCUGGGCGAUGAUCGUUGAGAAAGACGGCACCAUUUCUGCUGCUGAUGUUGAGGAAUCACCUCGCAAUGUGACGGUGUCUGGGGCGGAUGCCGUUCUCUCGAAGCUGUAG